AUGGCCCAUUCUCCAAAAAAGGAUCAGCUUCUUGGUGAGAGUACCCCAUGGUUUGUGCUUGGUUUCUUGCCAGAUUCACGAGUUAACGCUAUGCUUCAUCAGCGUGAUCGAGUCAUUGACAACCACCAAGGGGAAGAUCUGUCAUUUUGGCAAUCCAAGGAGAUUGAUCAGUGCUUGGGUGAUUUUAUACCUGAUUUGGACCAGCAGCGGACAGGAUUUCCCCAUCCAAGAUCACAAGGGAUCCAGCAUCUAUUCAACUUUCACCCCUCUCUAAAAGACCUCUUAACCCCCCCGGUGUUUUCACUGAAGGCUAUCCGCUUACAAGAUGCGUGUUUGCUGGGGUUCCUCGUACAGCAUACACUUUGCGACGCUUACGGUAGGUUCAUCCUCCCUGGUCAACGGGAGAUAUGCAAGGAUGAAACCUAUGCUCCAGCACGGCUUGCAAAGCUUCAACUGAACGUAACCCAAGUCGGAUGGCGAAGUUUUCUUUCAGCUGGCAUCAGACAAUUCUGGGGGCCCUCGCGAAGCGUAGAGAGAACAUUGCUUAUUCCAAAUGAGAAACUCAACAUAUUGCAGGAGGAAUGCAUAAAAGCCGGGGUCAAGGUUACGACCCAGGACCUAAUGAUGGCUUGUAUAUAUCAGGCGAGUACUGCAGGCCCUUCGUGCAAACAACUCGGGAAAGAAAGUCACGGCUUUCCACCUUUCAGUUUUGUUAUGACCAUUCGAAGGCAAAUCGCAGGAGACUCAGAGCUUCACAACCCAUUUGUGGUAGUCGCAGUGCCAGCACCAAAAAUCACCCCGAGCUCCGAGAUUUCUACGAUUAUCUCCUUAGCAACACAUAUUCGUUCGACAGUCGUGAAUGCCCGUUCCCUGGAAUGCCUUAACCCGCUUGUCAACCAAUAUCGAGAUGCCCGCGGUAAGCCACUUAUUCUGAGCUCCCCAGUGCCGGUUACGUGGGUAAGCUCGUGGACACAUCUCCCUUGGUAUGAUCUUGAGCUUCAGACCGGGAAACAGGCGACAGCGCGUCCUGAAUACAUGCAGGGUUUCCUCAGAUCCUCCGGGGUGCUCAAUAAUCUCGGCCAAAGAGUGGAAAACUUACUUUUCACAUGGAAAGACCCGCGGAAAGGGAUAUGGAUCUAUGGCAACGUGGAGGAAGAAUUGGGACGCCUUCAACGGCGUAGGGCUGGACACGACAUGCAGGUUGUCUUUUUGUCUUUUGUCUUUUGUUUUAUUGUAUCCGGAAUGCUUCCAGAAUGA